GAGAGAGGAGGGUCUGGCAGAUCACAACACAGUGAUGAAGUUACACUGACAGUAUCAGGUGAGUUUGAUCAACUCUUCACAUUCACACACAAGUUUAACAUGUUAUUAAUGAGUGAUUUCUCAACUUCAGUUCCCAGAGCAGUUUUAAGUGUUUCUCCACAGAUGUGGUUGACUGAAGGAGAUUCAGUGACUCUGAUCUGUGAGGUUAACGGCUCCUCUACAGGCUGGACAUUCAGCUGGUUCACUGUAACUGCCUCAUCAGGCAACAGAAAUCCUUUUAAGCUGCUCUCAGAUGGCAUUAGAGGAGCUAGAGGAAACUACACUGUCAGUUCUGCUGCUCUGAAUCACACAGGAGUUUAUGUGUGCAGAGCAGAGAGAGGAAAACCAGCCUAUAACACAACCAUCAGCAACACACAGUUAAUAUGGGUCACUGGUGUUUCUCCUCCUGUGUCUCUGAUCAUCAGUCCCAACAGAACUCAACACUUCACAUCUGUCUCUGUCUCUCUGAGCUGUGAGGACCAGAGAGACUCUACUGGAUGGAGAGUGACAAUAUACACAGACAGAUAUGGGCUGGAAGAUUGUUUAUCAGUGUGGGGAUCACAAACAGGAUCUACAUGUACAAUCAGAUCCACCACCCAAUACGACACUGGAGUGUACUGGUGUGAGUCUGAAUCUGGAGAGAAAUAUCAUCCUGUUAAUAUCACUGUACACUUUGAUGUGAUUCUGGAGAGUCCUGUUCAUCCUGUGACUGAAGGAGAUACUCUGACUCUACACUGUUUAUAUCAAAAUACAACACCACCAAACCUCAGAGCUGAUUUCUAUAAAGAUGAAUCACUCAUCCAGAGUCAAACUACAGAGAUGAUCAUCUCUACUGUCUCAAAGUCACAUGAGGGUUUCUACUACUGCAAACACCCAGAGAGAGGAGAGUCACCCAAGAGCUGGAUCUCAGUCACAGUGUUUCAUUCAGAAUCUCAGAUCUCUGUUCUCCACAUACUCAGUUCUGUACUGGCAGUUUCUUCAUAUUUGUUAGUGACAGUCGUGAUGAUUUUCAAAUGCUGCAGGAUGAGAGUUGCAUCUGUUGAAGAGCAAGAAAGUGCAAUUUGAUCUUAAUCUGUUGUGAUGGUGAGAAACUUCAGCUUCAUCCUGGAAUCUCUCAGUAUCUCAGUUCAGACUGAACAUGUUUACUUACUGUUAAAGUCACGUUUUGGGUGUGACUCCUUUUGGCAUCUCACAGUUAAAGUGAACAUGAACCAGCAACACAACUCUUUUGACCUCUGAUUAAAGCAGGAUAUUCAACAAGAAAACAUGUAUUUCAAAGGAAGAACUUGAUUUUAUCCAUCAAGAAUUAAUUGGAUUGUAUAGACAAUACUUUUGCUGAGUGUAUUUUUGUCCUGGUACUUUGGCUGGUUUGGGCCUGUCAUGAACAGCUGGCUCAUAUACUUCAUAUUUUGUGUGAUGGUUGGUUCACGGUAGUGACAGAAAUUAAAUUUGAAGUCCAUUUCCAGAACAAAAAAUUACAGAUCAUUUACUCACCCCCUUGUCCUCCAAGAUGUUCAUGUCUUUCU